GUGUAACUUCCGGUAAAAUUGCCAUGUGGAGAAGACGAACGGAGUGGCUUGCUGUAGAAGUAGCAAUAUCGUUUGAUUAACAGGCUAAUCGGAAAGGAAUAUCAUAAUGUCAAGAAUAAUAAUCAAGAACCUUCCUAAUAAGAUAAAAGAGGAAAGACUUAGGUCUAUAUUUGGGAAGAAUGGCCUUAUUACUGACUGUAGCAUGAAGUUUACAAAGGAUGGUCGAUUCAGAAAGUUUGCUUUCAUUGGAUUCAGAAGUGACGAAGAAGCUCAACAUGCUAUCGGCCACUUCAAUGAAACUUUUAUUGACACAUCAAAAAUAACGGUUGAAGUUGCAUCAGAUUUAGGUGAUGCAAGAAAGCCGCGGUCCUGGAGCAGGUAUGCUGCUGAUAGCUCUGCCUAUCAGAAGACAAAAGCUUCGAAAGUAAAAGAGGCUGAGGUGGCUGGCCAUGGGCGGGAUGAAAAGGUUACACCAAAGCAAAAGAAAGAGAAGAAGAAGACAGCUAAAGAAAAAGCCCUGGAGGAAAUGCUUGGAGAUCUGAAGGAUGACCCUGGCUUUGAGGAGUUUAUGGCUGCUCAUAAAAGGACAGGAAAAAAGACAGUGUGGGAUAACGAUGCUGAUGUCAUAAUGCCACAAGCUCAGAAAGACAAGUCCUCUGAUGAGGAAGACGAAGACGAGGAUCCAAUGGAUGAGGACACCAGCGAGGACAAUGAGGAAGAUGUAGAGGAGAAUGAGGAAGAUGUUGAGGAAAAAAAGAAAAUUAAAGAAGUGAAGAUCAUAGAAGAAAAAGACAAGACUGCAACAAAAGCAGAUUUGUCCGACAUGGAGUAUCUGAAAUCUAAGAUGUCAAAGAAACAAUUGCUUAGUGAUUCAAGUUCUGACGAAGAUGAAGAAGAAAGUGAUUCUGAUGAAAAUGAAGAAGAAAGUGAUGAAGGAAAAGAAGACAAAAGUGAUGAUGAUAAGGUAGAUUCUAAAAAAAGUCAGAAAAAAAUGGAUUCCAAGGCAACCAAGUCCAAGAAAAAGGAAGAGGCAUCUAAAUCAACUCAGAAAAAAGUAAAUGAUCCAGGACUGGUUGUUAAAAUGAAAGGGCUUCAUGUUUCCAGUGGAGAGAAAGCAAUAAAAGAAUUUUUCAAGCCUCUACAUUUGACUUCAAUAAGAAUACCAAGGAAUGCUAAGAAGAAACCUUUGUAUGGUAUUGCCUAUGUAAGUUUUAAGAAUGAAAAAGACAUUGAAGAAGCCAUGAAGAAGAACAAAAACUUCAUCGGUGGGAAGCGUAUCUUUCUGAAGAAGUGUACCCAGGCAGAGCAAGGGGCCCCAGUACAGUGGGAAGAUGUUCCUCGGCCAUGGGAGUUGAAGUCAAAGGAGGAAGAUGAUGAAGAGGAAACAAUUGCAGAGUCCGGUAGAAUAUUUGUCAGGAAUUUAACCUAUACGUGUACUGAAGAAGAUCUUCACCAGUUAUUUGAAAAAUAUGGGCCAGUGUCAGAAAUACACCUCCCUAUCGAUAGUCUUACCAAGAAAAUGAAAGGCUUUGCCAUUGUGACUUACCUGAUGCCAGAACAUGCUGUGAAGGCCUUCACAGAAUUAGACGGAACAACGUUCAUGGGCAGACUGAUGCAUCUCAUUCCGGCCAAGACGAAAAAAGAAGACGAAGUGACAGCUUCAGAGGGUUCAUCUUACAAAACCAAGAAACAGGAAAAACAGAAGGCUCUGGCUGGCAGUUCACACAACUGGAACUCUCUCUUUCUUGGGGCCAACACUGUGGCAGAUGUCUUGGCUGAAAAGUACAGUACAGAGAAAAGUCACAUUCUUGAUGCUCAGGCAAAGCAGAGUCUUGGAGUGAGAAUGGCUUUGGGAGAGACUCAGAUCGUAGCUGAGACACGCGACUUCCUGUUGGAGGAAGGAGUGGCACUUGAUAGCUUCAGUCAACCUUCUGCAGCAAGAAGCAAAUCAGUGAUACUGGUGAAGAACUUGCCAGCAGGCACCAAGUCUGUGGAGUUGAGGGACUUAUUCAGUAAACAUGGGACUGUUGGUCGGGUUAUUCUUCCUCCAUCAGGGGUCACAGCUAUUGUAGAAUACCUGGAACCAACAGAGGCCAAGACGGGCUUCAGGAGGCUGGCCUAUUCUAAGUUCCAGCAUGUUCCUCUAUACCUGGAGUGGGCUCCUAUGGAAGUGUUUAAAGCUCCAGCCACUGUACCAACAGUCAAGGAAGGGGAGGAAAAACAGCAGAGAACCGACUCAGAUUCUAAGGUUGAAAAGAUGGAAACAAAUAAGGAGGAGGAAGUGAAACAGAAGGAAGAGGAGGAGGAGGAGGAGGAAGAGGAGGUUUCAGAGUCGGGAGCAACAUUAUUUGUCAAAAAUCUUAACUUUGAAUCAAGAGAAGAUGACCUCAAGAAGAAAUUCAAGAAAUGUGGCAAGAUAAAAAGUGUUUCGGUGGCCAAGAAAAAGGACAUGAAAAAUCCAGGAAGCUACCUGUCUUUGGGGUAUGGUUUUGUGGAGUACUAUGAGAAGGCGAGUGCAGAUAAGGCUCUGAAGACACUACAACACACUGACUUGGAUGGUCAUACACUGGAACUCAAGGUUUCACACCGCCAAGUAGGCACUACAGAAGUAAAAUCUACUAAGAAGAAGGCCAAGUCAAUCAAACAGAAGACAUCUAAAAUACUAGUAAGGAACAUACCAUUUGAGGCAAAGAGGAAGGAAGUCUUCGAACUCUUCAAGACAUUCGGUGAACUGAAAUCAGUUCGCCUUCCUACCAAACUCAGUGGAUCUGGUACACAUCGGGGUUUUGGAUUUGUGGACUUCCUUACCAAGCAGGAUGCCAAGAGAGCGUUUGAGGCCCUGUGUCACAGUACCCAUUUGUAUGGGCGGCGUUUAGUGUUAGAGUGGGCUGAAGAUGCUGAAGAUCUGCAGGAGCUUCGACGCAAAACAUCAGAGCAUUUUCAUGAGGAUUCCCCAAUGAGCAAACGUGUGAAGAGAUCAGCCAUCAUGGACACACUGGAGAUGUCUCACAAGGGAUCUUGAUAGAGGACAUGAUCAGUCUUACAUAUUAUGUAAUUACUCAAUAAAACAUGUAUAAAAUAA